AAUGCACAAUAUCUUCAACGUGCCGUCUUUUGUCGUCUAACAUAAACAAGCCUUGGUCUAACCUCUAUAGUGCUUCAUCGCUUCAUCGUAGUCAAACUCAACAAAAACCCUUGAAAUUUCUUGAGAGAGAUUAAUGGCGGAGUACAGCGAGCUCAGAGAGGCGAUCUUCAACGUAAAGGCGAUCGACGCUCACGCUCACAAUCUCGUCGAUCUCGACUCCUCCUUCCCCUUCCUCCGCCUCUUCUCCGAGGCCGAGGGCGACGCCUUGGCCUUCGCGCCUCACUCUCUCUCCUUCAAGAGAAGUUUGAGGGACAUUGCGGAGCUUUACGGCUGUGAGAGAUCUUUGGAUGGAGUUGAAAAACACAGAAAGGUCUCAGGGUUGGACUCGAUUGGUUCGAAGUGUUUCGAGGCUGCAAAUUUGUCUGCCGUCUUCAUUGAUGACGGCAUUAUGUUUGAUAAAAUACUUGAAUGGGAUUGGCACAAGUCUGUUGUUCCUGCCGUUGGUAGAAUCUUGAGGAUUGAGCAUUUGGCUGAAACAAUCCUCAAUGUGGAGAUUCUCAAAGGUUCAAAAUGCUCACUGGAGUCAUUCACUGAAACUUUUGUGGCAAAGAUGAAAUCAGUCGCUGGUAAAAUUGUUGCCAUGAAAAGUAUAGCAGCAUACAGAAGUGGCUUGGACAUUGAUACAGAUGUCAGUAAGAAGGCUGCCGAAGAAGGUUUGCUUGAAGAUUUACAUGCUGGGAAGCCUGUUCGGAUCAAGAACAAGAGCUUUAUCGACUAUUUAUUUACAUGUAGUUUGAACGUUGCUUUAAGCUUCAACUUACCUAUGCAAAUUCACACAGGUUUUGGAGACAAGGACUUGGACUUGAGGCUAUCUAACCCCCUGCACCUUCGCUCUGUUUUAGAGGAUACAAAGUUCUCUAAAUGUAGAAUUGUUCUUUUGCAUGCAUCUUAUCCAUUUUCCAGAGAAGCAUCAUAUCUUGCUUCUGUGUACCCCCAGGUCUACCUUGAUUUUGGGUUGGCGGUGCCAAAACUUAGUGUCCAAGGGAUGAUUUCUUCUGUCAAAGAGCUUCUAGAAUUAGCACCUACCAAGAAGGUGAUGUACAGCUCUGAUGGCUAUGCAUUUCCUGAAACCUUUUACCUAGGUGCAAAGAGAGCACGUGAAGUUGUACUGAAUGUUUUGUCAAAUGCAUGUGAUGAUGGAGACCUUACAAUUCCUGAUGCUUUGGAAGCAAUUGAGGACAUCUUCAGAAGAAAUGCAUUACAAAUCUAUAAUCUGAAUGCUAUUCUUGGGUCUAUAGAUUACAGAGGUCCCAAAAUUUGCAAUGGUAUUUCUAAAACUUAUACAGGAGGAAAGGAUAUAGUGUCUGUUCGUGUCACGUGGGUCGACACUUCUGGCCAACACCGAUGCCGGGUGAUCCCAGUAAAGCGAUUUUAUGAAGUUGUAAAGAACACUGGUGUAGGUUUGACUUUUGCAUCCAUGGGGAUGUCUUCUUUUUGUGAUUCUCCAGCAAUUGGGACCAACCUAACAGGAACUGGGGAGAUUAGAUUGGUUCCUGAUUUAUCAACAAAGCAUAGACUUCCAUGGGCAAGGCAAGAGGAAAUGGUGUUGGCUAACAUGCAAAUAAGGCCUGGUGAAGCUUGGGAAUAUUGCCCAAGGAGUACCUUACAAAAAUUCACCAAAAUUUUGAAUGAUGAAUUUAACCUGGUAUUGAAAGCCGGCUUUGAAAAUGAAUUUUAUCUUCUUAGGAGUGUUUACAGAGAAGGGAAAGAACAGUUUGUCCCUUUUGAUUCGACGCUCUACUGCUCCACUUCAGCGUUUGAUGCUGCUUCCCCUAUUUUACUAGAAAUCAAUUCUGCUCUUCAAUCCUUAAAUAUUUAUGUUGAGCAGCUACAUGCAGAAUCUGGAAAAGGACAAUUUGAAAUAGCACUUGGGUAUACCGACUGCAUAGUAGCAGCUGAUAAUUUGGUCUUUGCUCGUGAGACUAUAAGAAGUGUUGCAAGAAAGCAUGGAGUAGUGGCGACUUUUGUCCCAAAGUACUAUCUAGAUGAUAUUGGCUCUGGAUCUCAUGCACAUAUAAGUUUGUGGAAGAAAGGAGAAAAUGUCUUUAUGGGAUCUGAGGAAUCAAAAAGUCCACAUGGAAUGUCAAAAAUAGGAGAAAAUUUUAUGGCGGGAGUUCUCCAUCAUCUUCCUUCAAUUUUAGCAUUUAUUGCUCCACUUCCCAAUAGUUAUGACCGCAUCCGACCAGAUACCUGGAGUGGAGCCUACCUUUGUUGGGGACAUGAAAACAGAGAAGCUCCAAUUAGGACGGCAAGCCCACCGGGUACAUCUGGUGAAGCUGCUUCGAACUUUGAAAUCAAGUCAUUUGAUGGAUGUGCAAAUCCACAUUUUGGACUGGCUUCAAUUGUUGCUGCUGGUAUUGAUGGCCUUACACGAAAGCUCAGCUUGCCUGAACCUAUCGAUACAAAUCCUUCUGGCUGUGACGGACUUCAAAGAUUGCCACAAAACUUGCAGGAAUCUGUAGUAGCACUUGAUGAGGAUGAAGUUUUGAAGAACUUUUUUGGCAAAAAAGUUAUUAGUGCUGUUAAAGGUGUUCGUAUGGCGGAAAUUGACUACUAUGGAAAUAAUAAGGAGGCGUUCAAGGAUCUCAUUCAUCGGUACUAAAACAUCUGAAUCAAAUGGGUUUCUAGAUUUCCCCAAUAAAUAUAAUUAAAAUAAAGAAUAAGGUUCCUUAUGGAGAACUGAUGGCGUUCAUCCGAUAUUUGUAAUAUCUAUGUAGUCUCUGUAACUUGUUAGCUUGUUUUUCUACACGGGAUAUAGCAACUUGCGCCUGUUACUUUGGUCAUUGUAGCAACUGUAUGAUCAUCGAGGCCAUGUUGUUACAAUUUUGUAUAAGGCCAUGUUGUUACAAUUUUGUAUAAAAGUACUCUUAAUUAUCAUUUAAGAGUUUUUUAGCUGAACUUUUUUUAAGUUAUCAAAGAUACAUGUGCUUAUACUUCUUCAA